AUGGAUUUAACUUUUAAUAGAUUAUUAGCAAGAAGUAAUGCCUAAGAGCAAAGCAAAAUAGGGGAUCCUUGGGAGGUUAUUCCUAUAAAAAAUAGAAAACAGGCGCGUGAUACUGAAGAAAUUCAUCUUGGUUAAAGAGGCUUAGAAACAAUAAAAAAUUUUGAAGAUUUCCCAAAUUUAGAAGUUUUAUAUUUGAACGAUAAUAAAAUGGAAAGAUUAGAAGGACUUGAUAGUAAUUUCAGAAUUAAGCAUUUGUAUCUUUUUAACAAUAAAUUGAAAACACUUGAUGGAAGUCUGUAGUUUUUAAAUCACUUAGAGACGCUUGUAUUGUAUAAAAAUGAAUUGAGAGAUUUGGAUUUAAAUUUAUCAAAGAUGCAACAUCUAACAAGCUUAAAAUAAUUAGAUUUAUUUGAUAAUCCUCUUGCAGAUGAACCUCACUAUAGAUUGCGUGUUAUUUAUGCUAUGCCUUCAGUUAAAGUUUUUGAUCGUCAUGUUGUAACUUAAGAAGAGAGAAAUAAAGCAAAGAAAUUUAUGGAAACUGACUAUAAUUAAAUUAGAAGUAAAAAGGAUGAAAAAAAGGUUAUUAAAAUACCUCCAUCUGCUAUGUUCUCUCAAAAUGAGAAAGAUUUGUAUAAAGAAGCUACUUUUAUUAAAAAGAAAAGAUUUGAGGAAACAUAAAGGCUAGAAGAAUAAACAAUAUUAAUGAGGACAGCAUAGAAUAUUGUUUUCGACACAACUAAAGUUCCAAUAAGCAAAGAAAAGCAGGAAAUGGAAAGAAGAAAAUAAGAAGAACCAUUAAGUAUAAUAACUGAAUGGGAUAAGAGUAGACUGAAGUCGCUCUUUAAGCAAUUUGAUAAAGAUAAAAAGGCAUAAAUUCCUCUAGAUAAAUUGGGUGAACUUUACGAAUUGAUUAUGGCUGAUAAAGGAUUUGUAGGUAAAGUUCCUGAUUGCAGUGUGGAAGAAUUCAUUCAAAAAAUAUAACCUGAAAGAGAUACAAUUUUGUAACCAGGUGAUAAGGAUUAUAAAGAACCACCAAAUUAUCUAACAUGGGACGAUUUCAGAUUUAAUUUAAAUAAAUUUUAUUGGGUCAAGCCUGAAAGUGAUUAAGCAAACAAAAGGAUCAAGGAUUUGUAUUAUCAAGCAAACAAAAAAAUAUAUAGUGGAGAUUUGCCUAAUGCUAAAGAACUUCUGUUCAAAGCAAUUAAAAUUGAAAGCCAGCUCGGUGCAACUGAGACCAAUAAAGUUCUAUUAAAAAAGACUGAGAGAAUAGAAUAAAAGAACCCAAGAUAUGAUUCCUUCGAUUUUGCUAAAUUUACUUUUAAAAAAGACUUUUCAAACACUUCUAAGUUUGUGUAUUGA